GAAAAAAAAAAAAAGAGAAGAAACCAACCGCAACAGAGGAAGAGGGGAGAGAACGGAAGGGGAGAAGGAGGAGUGUAGCCAGAGCGACCAGCCCUGGGACAUUUGCAAAUCCUAGGGUGCCCCUGAAAGGUGGGGAGUAAGAGAAAGCCAGAGCGACUGAAAAGCGGAGCUACUCCCAGCAACGGCAGCAGCUGUCAGGAGCUGGAUAUACACAUACAUGCGUCCCUACAUGCUCACACGGGGAGAAUUCAAGCUGCAGCUCAUAGGAGGAGGGAAGCGUUUCGGCUGUGCAAAGGGCUAUGCAUGUCAGGGAUGAAACUAAAAGCUGAAAGAAGCGGCUGCGCUCCUGGGACUGUGUCAUCUUGGAAGGGAGGGAGGCAGGAAGGAAGGAAGGAAGAAAAGGGGGAAGAUAACUGGCAUGUGGAAGAAGAUGGGAGACUAACUCACUGCCGUGCAGAAGGGAAAUCCAACUUGAACAUUUGAAAUACACCAGGCUCAGCUUGGAAAUGAGAUCAGACCUGCAUUGAAACACAGAAAGGGAGGAAAAGGGAGGCAGAGACGGGAGAGCUUUUAUCCUUUUUCCUCUCUCUCUUUCCUUCUCUCUCCUCAAAGAAAUAGAAGUUUAUCCGUCUCACUGCUUCUGGAUUCAUAGAGCUGCUGGACAAAAGAUGGAGAGGAAGCUAAAAUGAAAAGCAAAGUAUGCUUCUGAAAUUUACAGCUAAAAGGACAAAUCACAUCUUCUCGGGUUUCUUUGUGCCCCAUCGGGGGAGUUCUAACGUCUGAAGGAUUUUGAAAAGUGGGGGGGGAAAGGCGAGAGUGGGCGUUAAAAAUACCCAUCCCAAGUGUUUAAAAAAUAACGAGGUGAUGGAUUUAUCCUUGACAGCUGGUGGGAACCUUGAAUUUUUCUCUACUCCCUCCCUCCUUCAUUUCAUUUAAUGUGAAAUUAUGAAAAUGCAGAGGAGUUGGAGGGAAGGCAAAAGGAUAUAACGUGGAGUUUGAAACAAGGAGAGGGUGCUGAUGCUGUGGAUUGCUGGCUUCUUGCCGAAAUCAAAAAUCCAAUUGCGCACUGGGUUGUGAUUGGAAAUCUAAUCAGAUCUUUGGAGAGGGGGGAGAGAGACUAAAAGUUUAUUGUUUUGACAGGCAGGAAUAAAAAUUUAAAUGCAAGAGGAGAUUCUUUUCUAAAGGAGUGUGGGGGUAUAGAGGAAAAUAAGAAUGGGAUUCCCCAUUCUAAUGUGGAGACACAUGGAUUGGAUAAUUGAUAGUGCAGCAAAGAAGGAGCAAAAAGAAAAUUGUCUGGCAAGACCUGGAUCCUAAGUGUCACAACAAGAUUACAUUAAAAGAAUGCAGAUGGAGGAUUGCUUAAAAGGAAAUACAGUUAUUUCUGCUCUCCAGAGAAAAAACAAAUAGAGAGCAAUGGGGAGCAGUGGAGCCAAAGAGGCAGAAAACCUCAGAAAAAGGAAAUUAAGCAAAUGAUCCACAGUGGAAUGAAAAGUUUCAGAAAGGAAAAGGACUAUUCAUCCUUCUCAAGGAUUUUUGGUUUUUUCCUGUUAUUUUAAACCACUACUCUUCAGUGGAGACAACCAUCAACAUUACUACUACAGAAAUUUUAAGCAGAAAAGUUGAAAGCCACCGAGAAAAUAAGGACAGAGAAGAAGAAAGCAAAUUGCCAGAAGGGGAGAGUUCAGCAGUGUUGGGCUGGAUUGGCACCUGUAUGGACUGAAAUUGCUGGGAAAUUGCAAUUGGAUAUCCUUUUUUUUUUUUUUUAAUUUCCUUUCUUGUUUUUAAUUCUGUUUUGGUUGCUGAAAUGAAAUAGUUUUCUAACCCCUCCCCCACCCUGGUUUUUCAUAAUCACUCGGAUUUCCAGCUGGAUAGUCUUUGAGGAUACAGGUGGAUGCUGUGGGGGGGUCCAGGCAGCUCUGUGGAACAGUCUCCAAUGGGCUAGUAGGAUGAGAAGGUCCAGGGGUAGUUUGGGAAACGAGGAGAAACAUCACCUCCCGAGACGGUAAUCCUACUGAAAAGACGAUUCAAACUCCAGAAGGACCAACACCAAAUAAAUUAUGAAUGUUGAACAAGAUGACCUUACAUCCACAGCAGAUAAUGAUAGGUCCUAGGUUUAACAGGGCCCUAUUUGACCCCCUGCUUGUGGUGCUGUUGGCUCUUCAGCUUCUUGUGGUGGCUGGUCUAGUGAGGGCUCAAACUUGCCCUUCGGUCUGCUCCUGCAGCAACCAGUUCAGUAAAGUGAUUUGUGUACGGAAAAAUCUUAGAGACGUGCCAGACGGCAUCUCCACCAACACCCGGCUACUCAAUCUCCAUGAGAACCAGAUUCAAAUCAUUAAAGUUAAUAGCUUCAAGCAUCUGAGGCACCUAGAAAUCCUGCAGCUCAGCAGGAAUCACAUCAGAACAAUUGAAAUAGGGGCUUUCAAUGGUCUGGCCAAUCUCAACACUUUGGAACUCUUUGACAAUCGUCUGACCACUAUCCCAAAUGGGGCUUUUGUAUACCUAUCAAAACUGAAGGAACUGUGGUUGAGAAACAACCCCAUUGAGAGCAUCCCUUCUUAUGCUUUUAACAGAAUCCCUUCUCUCCGGAGGUUGGAUUUGGGGGAAUUGAAAAGGCUUUCAUACAUCUCAGAAGGUGCCUUUGAAGGUCUGUCCAACUUGAGGUAUUUGAACCUUGCCAUGUGCAAUCUUCGAGAGAUUCCUAACCUUACUCCGCUUGUAAAACUGGAUGAGUUAGAUCUUUCUGGGAAUCAUCUGACUGCCAUCCGGCCAGGUUCUUUCCAAGGGUUGAUGCAUCUUCAGAAAUUGUGGAUGAUACAGUCCCAGAUUCAAGUGAUAGAAAGGAAUGCUUUUGAUAACCUUCAGUCGCUUGUAGAGAUCAACCUGGCACACAACAAUCUAACGCUACUGCCUCAUGACCUGUUCACACCGCUCCGCCUAGAAAGGAUCCACUUGCAUCACAAUCCUUGGAACUGCAACUGUGAUAUCCUUUGGCUCAGCUGGUGGAUUAAAGACAAGGCACCCUCCAACACUGCAUGCUGUGCCCGUUGCCACACGCCCCCCAGUUUAAAAGGAAGGUACAUUGGUGAGCUGGACCUGAAUUACUUCACAUGCUAUGCUCCAGUCAUAGUGGAGCCACCAGCAGACCUCAACGUCACAGAAGGCAUGGCUGCAGAGAUGAAAUGCCGGGCAUCGACCUCCCUCACCUCCGUAUCUUGGAUUACUCCAAAUGGAUCUGUAAUGACACAUGGGGCAUACAGAGUUCGGAUUGCUGUGCUCAGUGAUGGCACAUUAAAUUUUACCAAGGUAACUGUGCAAGACACGGGUUUGUACACAUGCAUGGUGAGUAACUCUGUUGGGAAUACCACGGCUUCUGCCACGCUGAAUGUGACCGCCCUGGAUAACCCUGGGUACACCUACUUUUCAACCGUCACGGUAGAGACUGUGGAACCUUCUCAGGAUGAGGCACAGACCACAGAGCAGGUUGGGCCCACACCAGUUACCAACUGGGAAACCAUUAACAUGACAACCUCACUCACUCCACAGAGCACAAGAUCAACAGAAAAAACGUUCACCAUUCCUGUGACGGACGCAAACAACGGGAUCCCAGGAAUAGAUGAGGUCAUGAAGACUACCAAAAUCAUAAUUGGUUGUUUUGUGGCUAUCACUCUCAUGGCUGCUGUGAUGCUGGUAAUUUUCUACAAAAUGAGGAAACAGCAUCACCGGCAGAGCCAUCAUGCUCCAACACGGACUGUAGAGAUCAUUAAUGUGGAUGAUGAGCUUACAGGUGACACACCCAUAGAGAGUCAUUUGCCCAUGCCAGCAAUAGAGCAUGAGCACUUAAAUCACUAUAACUCUUAUAAAUCUCCUUUCAACCACACAACAACAGUUAACACAAUAAAUUCAAUACACAGUUCAGUGCAUGAACCGUUAUUGAUCCGAAUGAACUCGAAAGACAAUGUUCAAGAGACUCAAAUCUAAAACAUUUAUGACAUUAAGGGGUGGGGUGGGGGGACAAAAAAAGAUGGUUUAUAAAACAAAUGACACAAAUGACUGGGCUAAAUCUACUGUUUCAAAAGUGUCUUUACAAAGAAAAAGAAAUUUAUUUAUUAAAAAUUCUAUUGUGAUCUAAAGCAGACAAAAUUAUGUGUAUUCCUCAGAACCUGUUUUUGCUGCAGUUAUUUACCCUCCUCGUUCCCGUUUUCCUGCCCAACCUACCCUGACUCCCAUUUGCCAUAUUUUUCAUAGGAGAUCUUGAUUCCCUAAAAGAACUGAUCUAGGAAAUUUUGUAAGAAUUCUGUUACACUUUGGGAAUUUUUAUGGUGAAUUCUAGUGGUGAGAUUCGGUCUAUUUUGUCACUUUCUCUUUUUUCUUUUUUUUUCUCAUGCCCUUUUUGAAAUUAUUCAACAGAGAAUGGAGUAAUAACAGUAACUUUGCAAGUGAGAAAAACAAGUAAACCUUUUUUUCUCCAUGUAAUGAUUUGCUCUGUACGUACCGAAAGCACCAUUCUGUGAAAAAAAAUGGAAAAAAAGUAAAAAAAAAUCAACCCAAAAAUUAAUUUACUUGUGAAAGCCUAUAAAACCCAUGAUCUUUUAAGCAAUUCUAGAACCAGAAUUUGUAGUUCAAACACUAAACUAAGAUUAUAAAUAAAAUAUUGGUUUUUUUCUGU